GGAAUAGAAUUUCGGCCAAUAGAUUAGAAGUACUUUUUACAUGAGAAGGAGAAUAUGCGACAUGAUCCUUUUGCAGAUAGCUUGGAAUAAUAUUUCUCGUUGUUCAAGAGGAGGACGAUCUGUCAUUUCUUGCUGUGUAUUUCGAAUAAGUAAAAAGGGGUAUAGCUGUGUUCUUUAUUGGCCUCAUGAUCCCUUCUAUCAUAUUGCAAGCAGAGGCGUUGGUGAGUUUGAGAUGAAGGAUACUUGGGAUCCGCCGAUCAGCAUAUAUAUGUUUUCGAGAUCUGACGACCUGCUAAUAGACGUGCAAUUGUAUUUGGAUGGGAAAGUGAUAGAAGAAUUCACCAUUCAAGAACGAUUGGUAAUUGACACUCGAUACAUGAUUAAGAGCGAAAAACCCUAGAGUUUCACAGUUAGACUGAUGGCACAGUUCGAUUUCGUCCCUGCAUCCUACUUGAUAAUCAUUGUUGCGAUGCUUGUAAUAUCACUACUGUACUCUAUCCUCACUUAUGCUCGCUACAGACAACUCUGA